CUUUCUUCCAUGGCGGAUUCGGGCUUCUUCAAGGGCACCUCUGCAGACCAGGACAGACGGUUCGUGGACAAGGAACAAAAGUUGCUCAAGUCGACCAAAUUCCCGUCCAACUUUGGCGAAAAGGUGGAUAUGCGCAAAGUCAACCUCGUUGUCAUCCAACCGUGGAUAACCAAAAAGAUUGUCGAGCUGUGUGGGUUCGAGGACGACAUUCUGAUCAACUACACCAUCGAGUUGUUGGAAGCCUCACCCACUCCGGACCCGCGCAAAAUGCAGCUGAGUUUACAGGCAUUUAUCGCUGCGGACGCGCCGAAAUUCAUGGCUGCCCUGUGGACGCUGCUGCUGGAAGCACAAAAUGAAGUAACGGGUGUCCCACGCACUUUUGUCGAACAGAAGAAGGAGGAGAUGCGCAAGGCGAGAGAAAACGACGGGAGGGUGUUGGACGAAAGAGACAGGCGGGCAAGGCCCGGGUUAGAUGAAAUUACCGAUUCCCGGUCUGGUAGAGGCAGAGGCAGAGGUCGUGGUGAUUGGGGUGGAGGAAGGGGCAGGGAUAGUGGCUGGGGUGCAAGAGGGCGUGGUGGAGGACCACCUCCCCCUCGUCGCCGUUCAUAUUCCGCCUCACCUCCAGGUCGUCGCCGUUCCCCUCCUCCCCCUCGUCGACGUCGCUCUCCCUCCCGUGACAAUGACAUCCACAGCUCUCGUUCUCCGCCCCCACAGCGUCGCCGUCGGUCACGUACACCAGAAUCAGACCGUUCUUCUCGGCCACCCUCCCGCUCACCGCCACCCGCUAAAGGCAAUCGCCGUCGUCCGCGCUCAUACUCUCGCUCGCGCUGCUCACCGCCGCCUCCCCGCGCCAACCGAAGAGACAGUCGCAGUCCACCCGCCCGAAAACGCCGGAUAUCACGUGACCGUCGAUCCAACGUAUCCCGUAGCCGGAGCCCGCCACGCAGGAGGAGCAUCUCGCCGCGAGCAAGACGCUAUCGGAGUCCAAGUAGGAGUCGCAGUAGAUCGCCGCGUAACCGAAGGGAUCGUAGUCGCACACCACAAACCAGGCCAGGCGAGCUCAAGAUCAAAGGUCAGGCUGAAGCGGAGCGUAAUACAAAAAGUCGCUGGGAUGAAGGCGAGCCGAACCGUGAACCCACCCCUGACCUCACCAAACGCGAGAACGAGCUCAAGGAGAAAGCGCUUCGGAACAAGGUCAUCCGCACGCGCAAGUCGAGCAGUUGAAGCAUGGAUCGGAGCAAAAAGUUUCCCUUCCUUUAUCCUGAUGAUACUGAGUGUCUUUUAG